AUGAUCAUGCUGCUGCUGCUGCUGUUGGUUCCAGUAGUUGAAUUCUGUGAUUCUCAAACACACAUUUUUCCUGAAGUUGAUCCGAGCAGACAGCAGUUCUUUGAAAGAGAAUCUCUCACUAUCAGCUGUGAAGGCCUGAAUGGACAGACUGGAUGGAGAGUGAUGAAAAAAAGAAAAGGAGAUAUUCAAACAUGUGCUUCAACCUGGGAAACAUCUACUGGACCUUGCAAAAUUAUUAACGCAUAUCAGGCAACUGAGAGUGGAAAAUACUGGUGUGAAAUGGGAGAAGAAGAAAGAAGCAAGUCUGUCAACAUCACUAUAACUGAUGCUCCUGUGAUUCUGGAGAGUCCUGUUGCUCCUGUGAAGGAGGGAGAUAACGUGACUCUCUACUGUAGAAAGAGAGACAAAGACUCCAGCUUCACUGCUCAAUUCUAUAAAAAUGGCGUCGUCAUUGGAUCAGGCUCAGCAGGAAACACAAUGACACUCACUGUUUCCAGGUCUUUUGAAGGGUUCUACAAAUGUAGCAUCUCUGAAGAGGAAGAAUCACCAGAGAGCUGGCUCACUGUUCAAAUGAUGAUCAUGCUGCUGCUGCUGCUGUUGGUUCCAGUAGUUGAAUUCUGUGAUUCUCAAACACACAUUUUUCCUCAAGUUGAUCCGAGCAGACAGCAGUUCUUUGAAAGAGAAUCUCUCACUAUCAGCUGUGAAGGCCUGAAUGGACAGACUGGAUGGAGAGUGAUGAAAAAAAGAAAAGGAGAUAUUCAAACAUGUGCUUCAACCUGGGAAACAUCUACUGGACCUUGCAAAAUUAUUAACGCAUAUCAGGCAACUGACAGUGGAAAAUACUGGUGUGAAAUGGGAGAAGAAGAAAGAAGCAAGUCUGUCAACAUCACUGUAACUGAUGCUCCUGUGAUUCUGGAGAGUCCUGUUGCUCCUGUGAAGGAGGGAGAUAAUGUGACUCUGUACUGUAGAAAGAGCGACAAAGACUCCAGCUUCACUGCUCAAUUCUAUAAAAAUGGCGUCGUCAUUGGAUCAGGCUCAGCAGGAAACAUGAUGACACUCACUGUUUCCAGGUCUUUUGAAGGGUUCUACAAAUGUAGCAUCUCUGAAGAGGAAGAAUCACCAGAGAGCUGGCUCACUGUUCAAAGUAAGACUUAUCAAUAUUUUAAAAUGAACUGA